UCCACAUUGAUGGUUUCACGCGAGUAGUAGAAGUCUUCCCACUGUCCUCGGAAGAGAAGCGUUCUGGGUCGUUUCAGGCUCCUCUGACGGAAAGUUUGGAGGAACUGUCUGUGGCGGUGGGAAGUUUGUGAGGAUAGUAAACUAAAAGCUGCCACCAUGCCGGUUUUUCACACGAAGACGAUAGAAAGUAUCCUGGAGCCGGUGGCUCAGCAGAUAUCCCAUCUGGUGAUAAUGCACGAAGAAGGUGAAGUGGACGGGAAGGCUAUCCCAGAUCUGUCGGCGCCAGUGGCUGCCGUCCAGGCGGCCGUUAGUAACCUUGUUCGGGUUGGAAAGGAGACCGUACAAACCACAGAAGACCAGCUCAUGAAAAGGGACAUGCCACCAGCUUUUAUCAAGGUGGAGAAUGCGUGCACAAAGCUGGUGCAGGCUGCCUCCAUGCUGAAAGCUGAUCCAUACUCCGUUCCUGCUCGGGAUUACCUCAUCGACGGGUCUCGGGGCAUCCUGUCCGGUACUUCUGACCUGCUCUUGACCUUUGAUGAAGCAGAGGUCCGCAAAAUAAUCCGUGUGUGCAAAGGCAUUCUGGAGUAUCUGACAGUGGCGGAGGUUGUGGAGACCAUGGAGGACUUGAUCACCUACACAAAGAACUUGGGACCAGGUAUGACAAAGAUGGCGAAGAUGAUAGAUGAGCGACAGCAGGAGCUUACCCAUCAGGAGCAUCGUGUGAUGCUGGUCAAUUCUAUGAACACAGUCAAAGAGCUACUCCCCAUCCUCAUCUCAGGUAUAAAAAUCUUUGUAACAACUAAGACGUCAGGGAGCCAGGGUGUGGAGGAGGCCUUAAAGAACCGGAACUUUACUUUUGAGAAGAUGAGCGCUGAGAUUAAUGAGAUCAUCCGAGUCCUGCAGCUUACAUCCUGGGAUGAAGAUGCCUGGGCCAACAAGGACACAGAAGCCAUGAAGAGAGCUCUGGGGUUGAUUGAUUCAAAGAUGGCUCAGGCUAAAAACUGGCUGAGGGAUCCAAACGCUCCACCAGGAGAUGCUGGCGAGCAGGCCAUCCGACAGAUCCUGGAUGAAGCGGGGAAAGUUGGUGAACUUUGUGCUGGGAAGGAGCGCAGAGAUAUUCUGGGCACAGCUAAGACUCUGGGUGGGAUGACGGACCAUGUUUCUGACAUGAGAGCCAGAGGUCAAGGAGCAUCCCCAGCCGCCAUGCAGAAGGCUCAGCAGGUUUCCCAGGGACUCGAUGUGCUCACGGGCAAGGUGCAAAAUGCUGCUCGCAAACUGGAGGCCAUGACUAACUCCAAGCAGGCCAUCGCCAAAAGGAUCGACGCUGCACAAAGCUGGCUCGCAGACCCCAACGGCGGCCCCGAGGGAGAGGAGAACAUCAGAGGCCUCCUUGCUGAGGCCAGAAAGAUCGCAGAUAUGUGUGAGGACCCUAAAGAACGAGAUGAGAUUUUGCGCUCAGUUGGAGAGCUGGCCGCCAUGACGGCCAAGCUAUCUGAGCUGAGAAGACAGGGUAAAGGUGACACACCUGAGGCCAGGGCUUUAGCCAAGCAGAUAGCAACAGCCCUGCAGAACCUGCAGUCCAAGACCAACAAGGCUGUGGCCAAUAGCAGACCUGCAAAGGCAGCCGUUCACUUAGAGGGGAAGACUGAACAGGCGCAGCGCUGGAUUGACAACCCCACCAUGGACGACAGUGGUGACCUGAAAGGAAAGAUGCAGGAGGCGAUGACUCAGGAAGUGUCUGACAUCUUCAGUGACACGACAACCCCCAUCAAAUUACUGGCAGUGGCUGCUACUGCCCCCCUGGAUGCCCCCAACAGAGAUGAGCUUUUUGAAGACAGAGCUGCCAACUUUGAGAACCACGCCAACAGACUCGGUGCCACAGCAGAGAAGGCUGCUGCUGUCGGCACAGCCAACAAGAACACAGUGGAGGGAAUCCAGGCCGCCGUCAAGUCAACAAGAGACUUAACACCACAAGUGGUUUCUGCUGCUCGUAUUCUGCUGAGAAACCCCGGUAACCAAGCAGCCUAUGAACAUUUUGAGACAAUGAAGAAUCAGUGGAUUGACAAUGUGGAGAAAAUGACGGGUUUGGUGGAUGAAGCCAUCGACACCAAAUCUCUGCUGGACGCCUCCGAGGACGCCAUAAAGAAGGACCUGGAUAAAUGUCGUAUGGCCAUGACCAAUCACCAGCCUCAGAUGCUGGUAGCUGGUGCCACCAGUAUCGCCCGCAGAGCCAACCGUAUCCUCUUGGUGGCAAAACGUGAGGUGGAAAAUUCAGAAGAUCCUAAAUUCAGAGAGGUGGUGAAGGCGGCGUCAGAUGAACUGAGCCAGACUAUUUCUCCCAUGGUCAUGAACGCAAAGGCUGUGGCUGGAAAUAUACAGGAUCCAAGUCUUCAGAAAGGCUUUCUGGACUCGGGCUAUAAGAUUCUCAGUGCUGUAUCAAAGGUCAGGGAAGCCUUCCAACCCCAGGAACCAGACUUCCCACCACCACCUCCUCCUGAACUGGACCAGCUGAGUCUGAACGACGAAGCAGCACCUCCUAAGCCUCCUCUUCCAGAAGGUGAAGUUCCUCCUCCCAGGCCUCCUCCUCCAGAAGAAAAAGAUGAGGAAUUCCCUGAACACAAGGCUGGCGACAUAGUUAAUGAGCCGAUGAUGGUGGCUGCCAGGCAGCUGCACGAUGAAGCCGGCAAAUGGUCCAGCAAAGGAAACGACAUCAUUGGUGCUGCCAAACGAAUGGCCCUGCUCAUGGCGGAGAUGUCACGUUUGGUGCGUGGUGGCAGUGGAAACAAGCGCGCCCUAAUCCAGUGCGCCAAGGACAUCGCAAAGUCUUCCGAUGAGGUCACACGGCUGGCUAAGGAGGUGGCUAAGCAGUGUACUGACAAACGUAUCCGGACCAACCUGCUCCAGGUGUGUGAGCGCAUUCCCACCAUCAGCACUCAGCUAAAAAUCCUGUCUACGGUGAAGGCCACCAUGUUGGGUCGAACCAAUAUCAGCGAAGAAGAGUCGGAGCAGGCGACCGAGAUGUUGGUCCACAAUGCUCAGAACCUGAUGCAGUCUGUGAAGGAGACCGUCAGAGAGGCCGAGGCAGCUUCUAUCAAGAUCCGAACAGACGCAGGUUUCACCCUCCACUGGAUCAGAAAGACCCCCUGGUACCAGUAAGAGAACAACCACAGGUUCUCUGCUUGGUGCUGGUUCUGUCCAGCUGUCCACGAGGACGUUGAAUGGACAGACAUAUUAAGCGCCCAACAUGGGCAAAGUUUCUCUCACGUCCUGUCUGUAACAGUUGCUGUUCUGAUAUAAUGUAAAUGAUGGGACUAUUAGGGUAAGUUUUGGGUGAAAUUCUUUCUGGUGUGUAAAAAAAAUAUAUUAUAAAGCUUAUUUCGACAAAUCCCAGGACUAUAUGGUUAGAGUUCAUAUAAUAUAAGGGUGACUGUUUCUGGUCUUUUCUAGACCCAGAAGGCAUUAAGUUAAAUUUAAUUGACAUUUUCGUGAGACAUUUUUUUAAAUCGUUGUUCCGAUUACUUUACAAUCAUUAUAUUCAGUUUUUGCUAGAAUAAGCACAUGAACUUUAGGAGCUCUUACAAGGACAGCAGAGGCCUGUGCUCAGCGCAGACACUGUUACAUCUGUUUACAAGCUUCUGUAUUUUAAGAAGUGUAAAAAAAAAAAAAACUUUUUUUUUCAUACUGUAAUGAAGUUGUAGCAGCUUUUAAUUUCUUUAAAAUUCUACCAAAGAUGCCAUCAUCUUUGAAAAUCAACUUAUGUUCUUCAUUAUGUAUUGAGUUCGGGUGUAAUGAUCUUCUGCUUCGCUUUGAGGUCUGAAAGUCAUUUUUUUUUUACUUUCUACCCCAUUAGCAAGCAAACAGAACUUUAAUAUUGCGUGCUGUUAUUUGUAAACGCCACACACUUUUUGUGCACAUCUUCUUUGCAACGUAUGAUUUCCACACUUCUAGAUAGUCAAGGGAAAAAGCAGAACUUAACCGUAAAGCACAGUCUGCAGCUGGAGAAACCUACCCUCUCAGAAUCUUUAUAACAAGACUUGAUACACUAAACAUGGCGACUGCUGAAGAUACUUAAAAAUAUCUGGGCUGUUUGUGGAAGUGUCAUUUUAAAUAUUUCAUGCCAACUGAUGUGCCUUGCUAGAUAAAAUUUAUUUUUUGUAUUAUUUCUACAAGCCGCCUUAGUGCUAAUCACUUCAAAACACUUACCGUCUAGGAUUCUUCGUUAAAGGCCUGGUUUAGUCCUUUUACAAAUCAAAUAUACUCUAUGCAAACAGUUUUUUUCCCCCUGUAAAAUGAUGCAACUUGGUUGAGUUUUAAUGGGUCUGAACACUCAGUUUUGUAAUAAAAAGCAUUUUGUAACGUGAAAA